CGGGAUUGUAGGGUUUUUUCUUGUUGUGACUCAUAGCACUAUUUUGAUUAAUUCGCUUCAGAUUAAAAGUCAAGUGCACACGUCUAACCUGGACGCUUUGCGACCGGUUUUCCCUGUAUUGUAGUGUUGAGCCUGUUCAUUUGUACUCGUUUGCCUACGGGGUAGGAGGAAGUGAUGUUUAUUCAACAACACCGUGGGAAAUUGUAGAAAUGUACUGGACCAUUCACUUGGAAGGAGGACCUCGACGUGUUAACCAUGCAGCAGCUGCCGUUGAGGACCUCAUUUAUUCUUUUGGAGGAUACAACACAGGCGAAAAUUAUAAUGAGAAAAGACCCAUUGAUGUGCAUGUGCUUAAUACAGGAAAUUUAAGAUGGACUAGGCUGCCAAUCCCAUCUUAUGCUGAAUAUCAACAAGAUGAUAAGUGCAUACCAUUUCUGCGGUAUGGGCACACUGCUGUUGCAUAUGGUAACAAAAUUUUUGUUUGGGGUGGACGAAAUGAAGAAUCAGCUUGUAACCAAAUUUUUGUUUUUGACACAGUAACUCUUACAUGGAGUAAACCAAGAGCAACUGGAAUGGUUCCAGUCGCUAGAGAUGGCCAUACAGCUUGUAUAAUAAAUCAUCGCAUGUAUGUUUUUGGAGGCUUUGAAGAAGAUAUAGACAGAUUUUCAAAUGAUGUUUAUUUCCUGGAUAUAGCUGAAAUGAAGUGGCAUUACGUCAUGACCUCUGGCGAGGUUGCCAAGUUCAGAGACUUUCACUCAGCAUCAGCUAUAGGUUCUUAUAUGUAUGUCUUUGGUGGAAGAGGAGAUUUAAAUGGACCCUAUGGAUCUCACAAUGAAGAGUACUGUUCCGAUAUUAUUUACUUUGACGUUGAGUCAAAUAGGUGGCAUAAACCAGUUACAACAGGUGAUAUUCCUAAAGGCCGGAGGAGCCAUUCAUCAUUUAUAGUCAACGGAAUGCUUUAUAUUUUUGGAGGCUAUAAUGGGCUUACAGAAGAGCAUUUUAACGAUUUACAUUGCUUUAAUCCUAGAACUUGUGAAUGGAAACAAAUUCAGCCUCAUGGAAAACCUCCUGUGAGAAGAAGAAGACAGUCAUGUAUCCCAAUAAACAACAAGGUGUACAUAUUUGGUGGAACAAGUCCGUGGCUGGAAGUCUUAGGUGAAGUUCACAGUAAUGACUCAGAAGUAGUACAGUUUGUGCCAGGGCAAAAUCCAUUUGAUCUUGACGCCAAUCAGGAUAAUAUCAACCAUAAUGAAAAUAUGGAAGAAGAAAAUGACAAUGACGUUAAUUUGGUUGGCGACCACAUUUUUCAUGUUGGUCCUAAUCCUAUUCUUCACCACGAUCAUGAUGAGCAAAAUCAGAAUGAUAAUGGCAAUCCGGAUGAUAUGGAAAGUGAUGAUGAAUUUUCCUUGGAAGAUUCCGCGAAACUUAUGGACCUUAAUGAUCUUCAUGUGCUAGAUUUAUUACCAUCAUUGUAUACACUUUGUCUCAAAACAGUUUUUGAACAUACUAUAGACCCUUCUGGAUUACCUGAAAUUAUAAGAAAGGAGCUACAUUACUUUACAACUCCAAAUACAAUAACCCCAUAGACUUAAAUUCUCACAAGUUUAGAUGUCUUGUAGAUUUUCUUACAUAAUUAGUUACUGAUUAUGAAUACAGAUACUAGUGUAAUUAUCAUCCUGCCUGUCAAGCAUUUUAUAGUCCUGACCUCAGUGGGUGGCUUCCAUUUGUGCAGCAACAAAAUAUAACGAGACCAUAUUUCAUCAGACAUUCUAAAGUAGCUCAUAAUAGAAAUUUUUAUGCCAAAUCAGGAUAAGCUUAGUUUGAAACAUUAUAUAAUUAUCCUGUCGGUACAACUCAGUUGGACAGCAGUAGUGUGCAGCAAUUUUUACAUUCCAUCCUUAUUUUGAUGUCCAAUCUGACUGGAUCCCUUGUAUUCUUUUGUUACACAUUGGUUUGAAGAGCACCAUGUGUUCUUUAAACAAAGUUAUUUUAUUUCUUUCUAAGCUUAGUACAUUGGUCAAAAUAUCAUAGGCAUCAUUUUAAAAAGUACCCUAGAUAUUCAACAAAUACAAAGUGCUAAUGUAGCACACUUUUAACCAUGUUACCUGACUUUUCUUUAGAAUUACAAUCAGGAACCAGGCUAAGGGAUGAUAGACACAGUGUGAUAAAACACUUUGAGGCUUACGUGCUUGAGUGGGUGGUAACAUAACAAUAUUCUGCCGUAAAAAGUAUCAUCAUACUUGCUCAAUUAUAAGAUACACCAAUAAAAAUCUGAUUUUAUAUUUGGUCUUCACCAGGAAGUAUUUUUGAAUGGUGGCAUGAGUGUGGCCUAUAAAUUUGCAAGUAUGGCGGUCAUGGUUUCAUUUUGUAUCCCUUAUGUACAAAUUGUCUUUGGUCUUCGACGACCUAAUGAUGUGUGCUAACAUUAUUGAUUUUAUUUAUACUAAGGUGGUUUUAAAACAAGAAUACUGCAAGCGCUAUUAGAGCAUGGGACGUGGUUGGAUGAGGUGAACAACCACUCCUCUCACCUCAACUAUGCUCGCAGUAUCCCUGUUGUAAAUCUACCUUAACUUUUCUACUCUCUCAGAGUAGUUGUUAUUGGUUUGUUUUUGUACAAAUAACUAUUUAUUUUGUUGUUUCUGUUGUCUCUGAUGUGUUUUUAUUCCUAUAAAAGUUUAAGCCUUAAAUGCUAAUCUUAAUCACAGAGUUUUGCUUCAAGGAAAUCAGAAUUAAAUUUCUUGUGGAUCUUUAGUUUUGUUUUUUAAGAUAUUGGAACUUCUUGGAUGGCUACUCAAUUAGUUGUUAAGAACUCCUCUCCUGACAGGAAACCAUCAAAACGUCACAAAUAGGUCAUGUUAACUUCAAAACUAUUGUUUUUUGACUAGUUUUUGACCUAAUUUAGUCAUGAAGUCGUCAAUACAGGGUGUGCCCCAUUGGAUCAAAUGCAUACUAUCCCGCAUGCAGAUGUGCGGACGGGUUGCCUAUUCGCUCGGAGUCAUAGGUGCAAUGGUAAGAGAAGAUACUCGUGCAUGCGGGCUACCUAGCACGUUUACGCAUUUGUUGCAACGGGGCGCGGCGAUCACUCGGUUCAACGCGCUCGUGACGUUUUGCCAUAUGUUGGGCUAUCCAUAAAAACAGGGCCUUGAAUUUGCAUCAAGGCUAUCGUGGGGUUUGUCACCUAAGCUACAUGUAUGCCUGCCGUUCAUCAUUUCUUGGUUGUUUGAACGUAUGCACAAGCUAAUGAUACUGAUUUUUUGGAAGCAUCUCAAAUUUCUUUAAAAAUUACAGGACUAAAUACUGUAUGUUCAAAAAUAUAGAAGGAUCCAAACACA